CUCCCUUCUUCCUCUGCCACCAUCCCUCCUCUCUGCGCAAGAGCCAGCACUGGAGGACAGAGGUGCUGUAUCAUGUCCAGGUAGGACACCACCAGCGUGAACAUCAUCCCAAGGCGAUCAUCCCCAGGCACUGAGCUGUCCUGCUCUUGUGGCUCCUAUUUCACUCAGGAGCAAGGAAAAGGCAAAGAAGACCUAGGACUGCCUCCCUUGUGCUUGGCGUCCAGACCACCUGCAGCACUCACAGGGAUGGAUUCCAAGGGUAACAUCCGAAGUGGAAACAAACCCGAUGCCAAGGCCCCCAGCUCUGGAAAGCCAGAAAAGUCCAGCCCUGGGGCUGCAACGAACGCAGACAAGAAGGAUACCCCCAAAGAACAGCCUAAUCCUGCCACUGCUCCCAAGAAGGCGGGCAGCGAUGCUGCUGUUGUGAACAACCACAGCAACCUGAAACCCAGUGCAGCUGCCACGGAGACACAAGAGGCCACUGGCCAGUCCCCUGACUCUGACCACAAGGGAAAUGGCUCCGAGGAGUCACCGGGCAGCAUCUUCGACAACAUGAAGCCCUUGAUCAUCGUUGGAGGAAUGGCGGUGGCGGCGCUGGCGGUGAUUGUGGGAGUGGCGUUCCUCGCCCGGAAAAAAUGAAGACCGAGACAGGGUGGGCUGAGAAACCCAGCCUGGCUGUACAGCUCCUUUUGAGACAAAUGCAUGCACACAAAUUCUAUACAUAUCUAUAUAGAGAGAGCGAGCUAGAUAGGUCAAUGUCAAACACCAACUGCAACUCCAAGGGUCUUGUUCAAGACCACUGUGCCAGUUUGACCCGAUGUGGGUAACUCCAUGCACUCAGUGUGUUCUUUUCAUGUAAUAUACCUUGGCUUAUACCACUGUGUAUAGAUUACAGCUUCUCCUGAUUGGUGUAAAUGACGGUGUCCCCUCCCCUCCCCUGCUGUCCUCCCUGGGAGCCACCCCCACUUCUCCUGCAGUCCCCUGUUUUCAAGUCCAAAGUGUUCUUCAUCCCAUCCAGAGUCCCUGCUUUGUGUUUUGGUUUUUCUGUUCAGUUUGUUUUGAGCGAAGAGAUGGAGCCUAGUGAGAAGACCCAGUUCACUUGUCCCUAUGUGUGGGGCAAAGUGUGGUUUCUUUGUGUUAAUUUCUUGGGGCUUUGGAUAAGUCUGUUCAGCUGGUAUUUUUCCACUGAAGCUAUGGCCUUUCUGUACAUGAGAAGGUAGGGAAAAAGGGAAACACAGGCUGGUUUCAGGGGUGGACAGGAGCUGGGACCCCAUGAAAAAUAACACUGACCUGCAUCAUGCCAGGCAAACCCUGAUCAAGGUCACUGGAAAGAUCCAUCUGUCCUAGAGUGAUUCCUCGCCUCUGACAGUAGCAGGGAUUUGUGACUCCUCCACAUCUUGGAAAUGGAAACAAAUUCCCAGCACUGGGGAGCAGCCUGGUUUUACUGGUGAGUACCUCAGGUCUAAAGCCAGACCUUCUAAGAAGGAAAAGGAAGGCAGGCAAUGAGAGGAUUCGGGGCCGUGGCAGAUGCCCUUCCCUGACACCAAGAAGUGGGUCACUUUAUCUUGCACUGUCUUUUUCACUUGGGUCAGAGCUCAGAUGAUGUCAGAGAUUAGAUGAGGUCAGACCACAGACUCCCUGGAGCUCAAAGAAGUUGCAGCCAAUGGGGUUUUUGAGUGAUACUUAGAAAGACCACGAGAUGGUGAGGUGAGUUCAGUAGAAAUCAGUUGAAGAGCCAUUGUGAUGUGUUUUUGAGCCUAGAUGUGCACAUUCAGUGUGUACUAGGCCAGAGAAAGGCAUGUGUUCCCUGGGUGCUGUCUUUGCAGUACCAGCUUCCGGCAGAAUUACUAGAUAGGAUGGCAGAUGUGUAUGACCCUGGUAAUUCUCUUGGCUCAUGUCUCCUUAAUUUACCUCCAAAUUUGUUUGGCUGAACGCAUACAGCUUCUUCAGACAAAAAGCCUUUUCAAUAUAGCAUGGCCACUCCUAUGGUCACCCUCUUUUCCCCAAGGCUCAUGAAAUAUUCCCAAGGCACAGAACCUCUGGGAGUAUCAGAUGCUGUCUUCUGAUGAAUGACAGGCUGCUUUCAGCAUGAGUUUAAUGUCUACCUCUACCUUCACCAGGACAGAGAGGAGAUGUAUAUGUUGAGUUCACAGUGGUUUUGGAAAGAGUGCUAACAGCCCAGGAGAAAUCCUGGUGGUUCAAAGCACUCCUUCCUUGUAUUGUGGAUAUGUCUUCAAGCAGCAGUGUGUCACAGCCUGGAGAAUUUUGGGGGAUUGAACAGAAGGGUCUGUGGCUGGGUGCCUCAUCACUUCUGUCUAAAGAAUGGAUUUCCCCUCAUCCUGCUUUGCAGUUCAGUCAUUCACUUUUGGAGGGGGGGGGAAAGGGUGAAGUAAGGGUAAAAACAGCAGAGGAGUAUGAAUUGGGAAAGUAGAGAUGUGAGGCACAAAGUAACUCAGAAGCAGUCCUAGCACAGAACCUUUGCAGAAACUGUAGCAGGGCUUUGCAAGAGGAUGCAAUGGGGCUGUUGCAUCUCCCUGCCUGCAUCUCAUCCAAGAGCUUGGGGUGAUGCAGAGCACCCAGACUUUGGCAGUGCCCUUGGCAUGUCCUUAUGUGCAAGCCAGAAGCAAAAGGCGGCGCAGUCCAGCCAGGAACCUCAUCUAUGUUACUGCCCACUGGGUACAGAGUAACAUAUCCAAACCAGUGGUGUUUGGAUACAGGGAUGGAUAUUCCUGUGCUCUGCUUCCUUUCGAAAAAAGCUUUUGGCUGUACGGACUCUUCUUGUACCGCUUAUGAGGAAGGGAAGUUGGCCACCCCUGUUCUGAUUCAUGUUUUACCAAAGCAGGGUUGGUGAUUUUCAGACUAAUGCCUCUAUUUUCAACUCCUGCCUUUAAGAGAUGUUCCCACCAGUCCUGUCUUCUCCUGACAUGGGAUAUUUUUAGCAGUGUGUGACACUACAGAUGCAGCAUUUAUCUACUCUGCACUGAUCAGCAUAGAUCGAUGCGGGGGAGAGGGGGGAAAUGCCUGCCUCAUUUGAGUAUCUUAUUAUUUUAUUUCUGAAGUGUUUUCAUUUUCUGUGCUUAAAGUUUGGCAACAGAAAAAGGAAAAACAAUUCUCAGCCAACGUGGGCCUUAACCAUUCCUGUUUGCAUCUGACUCCUCCUUGCCCUUAGGGCAUGUGUGUGAAAGGCCAGUAACCCCAUCCAGAAACACCCCACAGGGGCGGUGCCGGGACAGCAGCUCAUGUUCUGGGUACAAAACCACAUGCAGCCCUCCCCAGGCAGGGACUGUAAUUGUCCUGUCCAUAAGAGAUCUUCUGCUUACUGCCAUAACUUAACACUGCUGUCCAGACCUAUCAUCUGGAGCCCCCCUCUUUGGUUCGAUUUGAGAAACACCUCUUUACGUGUGCAUGUGAGUGUGUCUGUACCACCACCCUGCCUUGAAGAAUAUUCUGUGUUCGUCUGUAUAUUUACAUAUCUAUACAACCGCAGUAAAGUCACAUUCCUUGUAGGGAAAACCAAAACAAAAUCUGGAGGUGACACUUCAUUUGCUCCCCUGCAUUCUCACAGAGUGUUCAUGGUGUCUUUUUUGUGCCAUGCAUCACACCACGCAGCACCCACGUUUCUUUGGUCCUGGUUUCUGCUCAGUGCAAAGAAUGUAUGGCUGGUGAACUGCUGAAUGUAUCAUAUGCCCAUUUUGCUAAAAGCUCAAAACUACUGUUCCUCUCCCUGGAUAGUCGUGUGGGCUACUCGCUUGAAGUUAAGGUACUUUUAGACUAUAUUGAACUGUAUGGACUGUGUAGCACUUGUCAAAGUGUGGGUCUAGCGUUGGCUUGAGUCAGGCAGAUGAAGCGUAGAUGCCACACGAGCUCCCAGUGCUGGGACCACGCACUUGCAAGUGACCUCCUCUUAGCAAACACCUCCCGUUCUGCCUUAACGUGCCCGGCUGUGCGGUGGUUUCAUUCUGAGUGAAAAUGUCCAGUGAGAAGUAGGCUGAGGAGAGCAAAUUCCUCUCUCUCAGCAUCGAAGCGAGAUUGAACUCAAAGCUGUCAAGAAGCCGAAGGCUUAAAUGACUGAACUCGCUGUGCUAAAUAAAUAGUUGUCUUUUCUCGUACUGAGCACAUGCUGUUAUUUGCUUGAUGUUAUUCUUUGUGUGGCGUUUGUGACAUGAAGUCCUUCUAGUGAUAUC